GCCCCCAAGAAAAUAAAAAUGUAAAACUCCCAAUGACCAAAAAGGGUUUCGUUCCAAAUUCCAUUAUGAUGGAAUGAAUGAGAAAAAUUUCAAUGCCCCCCUCUCUGUUUCUGUCCGUUCAUCUCCCAAACCACAACAAACAAAGACCCUUCCCCUUUGGUUCUUCCCAGACAGCAAGGUCCCAGCUUUCUCCAAUCCAAUGUGCUGCUCUUAGCUCAUAGACUCAUCAUCAUCAUCAUCCCCAGUACAACCCACCAAAACCCAAUUUUCUGAAAUACCCUAAAAACACAAAGCUUUAAACAAUAGAAGAAGAAAAAGGAAUACCACACCACCCAACCAACCAACCCAUCUUUGUUUUCUUUUGGGAAUUUGGAAUAUACCAUCACUUGUCCAAUUGCCCACGAAUUCAACGCAUGUUUGGUUGUGAAACACAGAAGAACGAAUCCGAGACAUCCCAGGUUACCCAUUUUGAGCCUUAACGUGGUAAUCUGAUCCCUUCUGUCUGGUCUCUCUUCUUCACUCUUGGGUUUUGUCAGAUCUGUAAAAUCCAACCAAACUCCAUCUGGGUUUCGUUUAAGGUUGCGUCUUUGAGCAUUCUUUGGUUAAUCUUGAUAUAUUUGGCCACGGCGGCGCCGCUAUGGAUUACGACGACUUGAGGACGAUUGUGCAGAGCUCAGGGGUGGACGUGUUUACGUUCAUCGAUACGGCGAUCGCGGUUGCUGCGGUGGACGAGGGCAGCGAGCUGAGGCGUAGGAGAGACGGUAUCGUGGAGAGGCUAUAUGCCGCCACGUGUGCUCCGCCGCUGCAGCGCUGCCAGAACUGCGACGGAGGAGAUGGAAUGAUGAACGGGAACCCAGCUCGGGGGAAAGGAGUCUCGCCGGCGACGCCGCAGUCGGUGGAUAACAGAGAGGAGGAGGAGGAGGAUGAGGAGGAAGAGGAGUUGGAUCCCUGUGCCGGAUUGUUUGAUGAUGAACCGCCGAGGAAAAUUCUUGAUAUCAAGAAGCAGCUUGAGGAUCCUGAUCAGUCUGAGGAUUCACUGGUUGAAUUGCUUCAAAACCUAGUUGACAUGGAUAUAUCAUUCCAAGACCUCAAGGAUACUGAUAUUGGGAGGCAUGUGAGUCAAUUACGCAAGCAACAGCAGAGCGAGGUUGUUCGGAGAUUGGCAAAGCAGCUUGUCAGGAAAUGGAAAGGUACUGUGGAUGAAUGGGUGAAGUUACAUGGAGAAGAGCCAACUAAUUCUGUCAUGGUUGAUGGAGACUCACCACAGCAGAAAAUUCACCAGAAUGGUCAUCACCAGGUGCCUGAUUUUGGUUACUCCCCAAAUCCUCAUAACGGAAGUUCUGGGUCAGACAAGAACAAUUCAGAACCAGAACGCAAGCCGAAGAUCAUUCCUAAGAGAGAAGUUCCACCCAGACCAACCCAAUCUGUGUCUGCUGCUCCUCCUGCUCAAAAUAGACAAAGAGAACAGAGGGAAAGAAAUUUCGACGCUGAUGAUAAACUGGCUUCGGCACGAAAACGGCUUCAAGCAAAUUACAAAGAAGCUGAGAAUGCUAAAAGGCAAAGAACAAUUCAAGUGAUGGACAUCCAUGAGAUACCGAAACCAAAGAACUCCUUCAUCGCCAAGAACAGAGGCGGAGGAGGUAGCGGUUCUCACCCGGGAAGGCAUUGGUGAUUGAUUGUCCGAAAAGUUGGCAGGAGCCUCACAGAAUCACAUAUACAAAUUACAAAGGCUCAUGGGAUUUUGGGGUGAGACACCCAGAAAAUGGAGUCAAACCUGCUUAUCCGCUCUUUCAAAUUUUUUUUAUUAAGCAAAACAAGAAAAAAGAAAGGGAAAAAAAAAAAGACAAUUUUUGCUCUUAAUUAUUUUUUGCUUAAUAAGAAACAGAAAAUUUCUCAGUUUUGUGGAAGCCAACCGUGUCUUCAUAAUUUUUCCUCUUUGGUCUUUGGGGUUUUGAUGAGGCAAUGUUGCCAAAAGAAAAUGAUUUCUUUCUGUGCAGGCGGGUUUCAAGGGUCAAGGUUGGGGGAGAUGGAAGCCAUGGGGGCCUGGCAAGCCUUGUGACCUACUGGAUUGGUUGGUGGAAGGGAUGGUGUGGUUUUUGUUGGACUUGCACUAGUGAUAGUUAUUUUAAGUC